AUGAAUACUACGAAAUUAUUAAAUCAUGAUACAGGCGAUAAUGCUUGGAUGAUGACAUCAACUGCAUUAGUUCUUCUUAUGACACCAGCUUUAGCUUUCUUCUAUGGUGGUCUUGUUGAUAGAAAAAAUAUUUUAAAUCAACUUUUUCUUUCAUUUAUUUGCAUGGGUAUUGUAUUUGUGCAAUGGGUAUUAUUUGGAUUUUCUUUUGCUUUUGGUCCUUCAACUAAAAUCGGAUAUGGAUCAUUUGAGUGGCUUGCAUUACAUUUUGGUGAAUCAGAAAAUGCACUUUAUAGUCCUACUUAUCCGUUAUUAACUUUUGCUGCAUAUCAAGCAACAUUUGCAAUAAUUACACCUGCAUUAAUCUCCGGUGCAAUUGUCGGUCGAAUGAAACUUAUUCCUUAUAUGUUAUUUAUUUUUAUUUGGUCAACUAUUUGUUAUGAUCCAAUGGCUCGUUGGGUUUGGAGUACUAACGGAUGGUUGAAACAUUUAGGUACACUUGAUUUUGCUGGUGGUACAGUCGUACAUAUUCUAUCGGGUGUUUCGGGUCUUGUGGCUUCAAUCAUUCUUGGUAAACGAGCUGAUUUCGAUCCACGAAGUACUACAGCUCAUAAUCUUCCAUUUACAAUUUUGGGUACCGGUCUUCUAUGGGUUGGAUGGUCUGGUUUUAAUGGUGGUUCUGCUAAUUCAGCUAAUGGUAUAGCUGCUCUUGCUUUAGUAAACACGAAUGCAGCAGCUGCAGCUGGUCUUAUUACGUGGGUAGUCAUUGAUGCUAUUCGUGGUCGAGUAUCAAUAUCAGGUGCAUGCGUUGGACCAAUUGUUGGUUUAGUUGCUGUUACACCAGCAUGUGGUUUUAUACAACCAGGAUGGGCACUUUUGUUUGGAGUUAUCGCAGCAUGCAUGGUUUAUUUUCUUUUGUUGCUUAAACAUUAUAUGCGAGUCGAUGAUACAUUAGAUGUAGCUUUUGUUCAUGGUGGAGGUAUAUUUAAAUAA